AUGAUCUCACCAGCAACAAUAAGCACAGACAAAGUUAAUGAACUUAUUCAAAAGGUGAAUAAAAAUAAUGUUUUUCCUCCACAGUUAAAUAACCCAGAAGAAUUAGUGGCAGAACCACGAAUGACAGCAACAGGUAAUAUUCGUCCACCUCGCCCACAAAAUGCAUUCUUUUUGUUUCGUAAGAAUGUGUUGGCUGAAGCGAGACGCCUCAACGUGCAGAAUAUGCGCAUAAUUUGUAAAGUGGCUAGCAUUCUUUGGCAACAGGCAACCAAUGAUGAAAAACAAAUGUAUAAAGAUUUAGCAAGCAAAGUUUCUGCAUUGCAUCGUCAACGUUAUCCAGAAUUUCGCUAUACCGAAAACCAUCAACAAAUACGAUUUCAUAAUCACCUUUUAUGCAAUGUUCAUCCGUCACCAGAUUUGGAUAAUUCAAGCGAUGUGAAUUCUUUAGAAA